AUGAUGGAUGCUGAUAUUACCCCAAUUCCCCGCUCGCGGGAGGAGAACCAGGAGAGAGCCUUUAUCGCUGCCUCGCGGCGAAAGGACCGCAGCCUGGAUGCACGACUAGAGUCGGCCAAUAGGGCCUCGAUGCUGCACAAGAAACGUACCGGCAAGGGCUUUCACAUUACCAAGGAGAUUGUCGAGAGAGAAGCCAUGUAUGAAGAAGUCGACGAGCGAUAUGCAGAAAAGCGGAUUCGGAUGCUGCAAGCGCAGAACAUGCAGAUCGAACAACAGUUCCACCGUCAUCUGAUCGCAGCCUUUGGACGUCCGAAUGGAGCGUCAAUCGCCAAUCGACGAGCGAGCACAUAUACGCCCCGUCCGUCCACAGAGGGCCCCCGCAAAAUGAGCCUGGACCUGACCAACAUCCGCUCGUCGUUCUCCCAAAACUCAAACUCCAUGGCCAGUCCCAUGCCAACCAGCGACGGCUACAUCCUGUCCCCAACAGCAUCCUUCGACAACAGCGCCAACUCCUACAUGGCCUGCAUGCCGGGCUCCGAGGCCCCCUACUCCAUGGUCUCAUCAGACCCCAACUCCGCCCACAUCCCAGACUACGUGAACCAGCAAGCCACCACCCCAGCAUGGAGCACCCAGAUGCCCAACUGGGCCAUGCAACAGCAGGUCCCCACCCCCAGCCAAACCCCAACAGACCAAGUGCAGAUGUGGCAGCAGAGCAUGAUGCAGCAGCCCACGGCGUCCGACAUCCAAAUGCAGCGCCAAUUCAGAGACCGACUAGCCUCCGCGCCGGAAUUGCCUCUGCACCAAGCUCCACGGAUCGCACCCUCGGCGUCGAUCUCGGGCCCCACCCCAAGUGCCGGCGCCCACGGCCACGCCCACCCAAUGGGCCACUCGCGCGGCCAGUCGCAGCCCAGCAAUAACUUCCACAACCUCCACCUCCUAACGCAAAGCACCCACCUCGCCAUGCCCGCGUCGAGCGCCAGCUCGCCCAGAAUCGAGGCCCUCUCUGCGGAGACCCACUCCACGCCUGAUUUCUGUCCUACCCCCCACAGCCCCAUGUCGCCAACUGCCGUUGCGACUCAGAUGAGUAUGCCGUCCAUGCCUGCGCCUGCCAAAAUGGACGGCACUGGGCAUGGUGAUGGCAUCAUGGUCUCCAACGAGGGCAUGGAUGCUGAUUAUUCGGAUUUCAGCCAGUUCGCUCUGCAUCUGGAGAACUCGACAGUGCCACUCUCUGACCGGGAGCCAUUUGGUUUCGACGAUUUUGUCACGGUGGACGAGUUUACCAGCGUUUCGUGCUGA